AUGGCCUUGUCAAUGAGCGGAGACGAAGAGGAAUAUGAUUCAGAGUCUGAGCAGCAGAGGGCAGCUAAUCGUCCAAAGCCCAAGAUGGCAGCAGUGGCAGCACCCGCACCUGCGGUUAAACUGGCCUCAAGCCGUAGCACCUCUGGAGCACGUCGACGGAGGACGCGCUGCAGGCGCUGCGAAGCCUGCCUUCGUACAGAGUGUGGAGAGUGCCACUUCUGCAAAGACAUGAAGAAGUUUGGAGGUCCUGGACGCAUGAAGCAGUCCUGCAUCAUGAGACAGUGCAUCGCUCCUGUAUUGCCGCACACUGCCGUCUGUGUGGUGUGUAAAGAGGCAGGCAAGGAGGAUACAGUGGAGGACGAGGAGGAGAAAUUUAACUUCAUGCUCAUGGAAUGCUCUAUCUGCAAUGAGAUCGUCCAUCCGAACUGCCUCAAGAUUAGUGAUGCCAAUGGUGUUGUAAAUGAUGAACUGCCAAACUGCUGGGAGUGUCCAAAAUGCAACCAUGCAGGGAAGAGCGGAAAACAAAAGCGAGGACCCGGGUUCAAGUAUGCGUCCAACCUGCCCGGAUCUUUACUGCGGGAGCAGAGACCCGGGAGGGAGGAAGCCGACUGCUCGUCUGGCAAACGGAGGCCAGAGCGAGACGAGACUCCGAGGUACGACCCACUGCAUAGACUGCCCCCAAUGCUGACGACCAGCGGCCUCAGCAGACCCCGGCCUGAGGACAAACUGAGGAAGAAACGGAAGCUGUUUGAGGAGGACGACGACAUGGGUGUGAGGAAACGGAUAAAAGCAGAGGAGGAGGAGGAUGAAGAUGGUGAUGGGAGGGAGCAUCAUUAUCGCAGUUAUGAAAGAAGAAGUCGUUUAGGAGAAACUGAAGAGGAAGUGGAUGACAAAGACUCGAGAAGUGAACUUUCCUUUCCCUUCUUAAAGACUGCUGUGGUGGACAGUGAUCAGUCGCUCUGCAGCUCCCCUCAGGCCGGUCCCAGCAGUGAAGGGGGAAGCGAGACUCAGGAAAGAGGCCCGCGCCCAAAAGCCAAACGCAAGAGGCGGUUGCCCAACAGAGAACUGAGUAGAGAGCUGAGUAAAGCUCUGAGCCAUGACAUCCAAAAAUCUGAGGACUGCCUAGCAAAUGAAAACAGGCAGCCUCUUAAGUCAGAGCCUGAAAGCGAGAACGAAGAACCUAAAAAGUUAUUCAGAAAUGGCAGCGACGUGGGCGAACAGAGGACUCAUCUAAAGGCCAAAGAGAUGAACGGGACGGCCUGGGAGCUUCGCCAUUUCUACCCUAAUCAGAUCACGCCACUGGGUUUCAACAGGAGCACACCAACCACGAGGCCGGUCCCUCCCAGGUCCCCACCCAAGUGUGUGCAGAUGGAGAGGCACGUAAUUCGGCCCCCUCCUAUAAGCCCCCCACCUGACAGACUGCCCCUGAAAGAUGGGAAGACUCAUUCAAUACAAAGGGAAAUUUGGAUGAAGAUUUUCGGCUACAUGUCCCAUCAGGAGCUCUGCGUAUGCAUGAGGGUGUGCAAGACCUGGAAUCGAUGGUGCUGCGAUAAAAAUCUUUGGAAAAAGAUUGAUCUAAAUCGUUGCACGUCCAUCUCUCCCCUCAUGUUGAGUGGUGUUGUCCGCCGACAGCCACAGUCUUUGGACCUGAGUUGGACCAAUAUUUCAAAGAAACAGCUGUGCUGGUUGAUCAACAGGUUACCUGGCCUACGAGUGCUGAAGUUGUCUGGAUGUUCCUGGGCUGCUGUGUCUGCUCUCUGCUCUGCCACUUGUCCUCUCCUAAGCACUUUGGAUGUCCAGUGGGUGGAAGGACUUAAAGAUGCACAGAUGAGGGACCUGCUGUCCCCCCCUACGGACAACAGGCCUGGUCAGUUAGAUAACCGCUGCAAACUUCGAAACGUAGAAGACUUGCGGUUGGCGGGACUGGACGUCACUGACACGUCUCUGCGACUCAUCAGUCGACAAAUGCCGUUUUUGUCCAGGCUUGACCUCAGUUACUGCAACCACAUCAACGACCAGUCAGUCAACUUACUGACCGCGGCAGGGACCACCACACGGGACUCCCUCACUGAAAUCAACUUGUCGGUAUGUAAUCGAGUCACAGACCAUUCCUUAACCUUCUUCAAGCGUUGUGGAAGCAUCUGUCAGAUCGACCUCCGCUUUUGUAAGCAGGUUUCAAAGACGGCAUGUGAGCGGUUUAUAGCAGAGAUGUCCGUGAGCGUCCCCUUCAGACUGAUGGAGGAAAAACUCCUUCAGAAGGCGAGCUAG